AUGUGGUAUCCGCCUCAGCAACCGCAUCAGCCGAAUUGGCAUGGAUAUAUGAAUAAUAGUUCAACACAACAACAACAACAACAACAACGAACUUAUUCGAGGACUUCAUAUUAUUGUAAUACUGAUGAAUCAUCGAUUACAAAUCGAACAAAUACUCAUAUAAUACCAAUAAAUGAUAAGAAUGAAUCAUUUGUUCAUUUUAAUACAAUACGCACUGAUGAAGUUAACGUUAUUGGUACAACAGACUAUCACAAUACUAAUUCUACCGGUUCUUAUAGUGAUGAAAUGUUGUCAUCACCUUAUCAAACAUCAAAUACACAUUGGAAUCCAGUUGUUAGCUCAUCAACAAAAGCAACAUCGAUUAUAAUUAAUUCACCACAAAAAAAUUCUAUUACUACAAAUAUAUCAUCAUCAUCCUCGUCAUCAUCAUCUUCGACGUCAGGUUGUUGGGAUUGGCUACUUUAUUCACCUGAUAUUUAUUCUCAUUUAUAUAUACCUUCAUCGUCUUUCAUUCAACAACAACAGCAAGAUGAUGAUCUUGAUCUAUUAGCGAGAUUACCAACAUGGUUACUCGUUUUACUUUAUCCAUCUAUGAAAUAUAACCAUAAAAUGGACGAUGAGAAUGAUAAUGAUCAAGAGAUAAUUUCUCUUAACAAUAAUAAUAAUACUAAUAAUCAUGACGAGGCAUUAUUAUCGAUGAAUAUCGAUAAACAAGUUAAUCAAGUCUCGUCAAAUUUAUCCUUAUCGUCCGAACAUACUCUUAAUUGUCAAAAAAUACAACAAAAUCGUUCAUUAACACCUGAUACAGAUGAUGGUUAUCAAUCAGCUAGUGAUGCUAGUCGUAGUGAUUGUUCACAACAAUCAUCUUUACAAUAUGAUCAUAAUAAUAAUAAUAAUAAUAAUAAUAAAGAUGAUAUUAUAAAUAAUACUUCAUCAGUACUUAUACCAAAACGUAUAUCAUAUGCAGCUGCUGUAAAACCAAUAGGAACAUCAACAAUAAAUAAUAAUAAUAAUAAUAAUAAUAAUAAUAAUAAUAAUAAUAUAAGUUCGUUAUCAACACCAAUUAUUAAAAUAAAAAAUAAUUCUUCAUCAUUAACAAUAAAUGAUAUAUCAAAUAAUAAUGGUCAAAAAUUAAAAUUUGUUGCUCCACGUUUUGAACGAAUGCAUCAUGCUAAACAAUAUUCAUCUUCAACAACGACAACAACAACUGCAAUUAAAGAUAUAUCUUCAACAAAUCGAGCACAAAUUCGUUCGAAUAAUAAUAAUAAUAAUAAUAAUCAACGUAAUCAUAUUAAUAACUUAGCAAGACGUCGUUAA